CUUACUAAGGCCUUCUACUUCACCAUAAAAACUGUAAUAAGUUUAGUUGUCUAAUGUAGGCCUAUAUUUAAUGAUAUUUUUAUUUAAUACCUAGUCUGUCCUUGGUUUAGAAUUUGACCAUCGUUUAGGUUAAAGAGAGGACCGCUCUAUUAAAAUGGCAUUCAUCAGCAGUUUCUAUUCUCGAGCAUUUCAUUUCUCGGCUCCGAAAAAUCACAUUAUGAAACUAACCAGGCUAAGGGUGGUAGACAACAGUGAACUGGGACAGAAAGCUAUGGCCGAAGGGAAACCGCCUAAGUGCAUUCACAUCUACAACAAGAAAGGAAUUGGAACAAUAGGGGAUAAAAUUUUAGUGGCCAUAAAAGGAGAGAAACAGAAAGCCAUUAUUGUCGGCGUGAAGAAGAAACAACCGAAAAAUAUUCCUUCGUGUGACACCAACAAUAUUGUACUGAUAGAUGAAGCUGGAUCUCCUUUGGGCACUCGCAUUUCUCUUCCAAUACCAAUCAUGUUGAGAACAAUCCUGAAGAAGAAGAACUUGGGAGUCAAGGGUGUAGAUUAUACUAAGCUACUAGCUAUUGCAAAAACAUUUGUUUAGUUUGAUGGCAAAAUGUUAGGUUUUGUAAAUAAAAUCAUAUAGUUGUA